AGCACAGUUCUCUGAAGAACUAAAACAACUACCAUGACCAUGGGAAAGAUCAUCUUCUAUGAGGACAGGAACUUCCAGGGGCGCUCCUAUGAGUGCAUGAGCGACUGCUCUGACAUGACCUCCUACCUGAGCAGGUGCCACUCCUGCAGGGUGGAGAGCGGCUGCUUCAUGGUCUACGACCGUCCCAACUACAUGGGAAACCAGUACUUCAUGAGGAGGGGCGAGUACGCUGACUACAUGAGCAUGAUGGGAAUGAGAGACUGCAUCAGGUCUUGCCGUAUGAUCCCCAUGCACAGAGGCCAGUUCAGGAUGAGGAUCUAUGAGAGGGAGAACUUCGGUGGUCAGAUGCAUGAGCUGAUGGACGACUGCGACAACAUCAUGGACCGCUACCGUAUGUCCGACUGCAUGUCCUGUAAUGUGAUGGAUGGCCACUGGCUGAUGUACGAGCAGCCCCACUACAGAGGCAGGAUGAUGUACCUGAGGCCCGGAGAGUACAGGAGCUUCAGGGACAUGGGCAUGAGUGGCAUGAGGUUCAUGAGCAUGAGGCGUAUCAUGGACAUGUAA